AUGCCUUCUUCGUUUUCUUCUUCUUCGUCCGUUCUAACCAUUCCCAAUCUCCGUCUUCGCGCGCUCAGAAUUUGGUCCUCCAAGGACUACGCAAUCGCCGCAUUCGUCUUCCUCCUCCUCUUCUCCCUCAUUCUCUUCUCCCACUUGGAUUCUCGUUCCCGUUCCCGUUACCCCUCCCACCCCAGCUCCACCCUCGUUCCCUUGACGCUUCUCCGUAACGCCAACCGAACGCGCGCGUUUUGCUUGGACGGGAGCGCCCCCGGUUACCACUUCCGGAGCGGGUUCGGAUCGGGAUCUCGCAAUUGGUUGCUCCACAUUGAGGUGAAGAUACGCUAUUGUGAUGGUGCAUCUUUUGCUGGUCACCCGGAGAGUGAGCAAAGAGGAAGUGGGUUGUUUUUCAGAGGCCAGGUCAUAUGGGAAGCUAUUAUGGAUGAACUCUUAUCAAUUGGCCUAUCCAAAACAAAGCAGGCGUUGCUCUCAGGAUGCUCUGCUGGAGGGUUGGCAACUCUUAUACACUGUGAUAACUUCCGAAAAGUACUUCCAAAAGAAGCAACUGUAAAGUGCCUUGCUGAUGCAGGCUUCUUCCUAGAUGAGAAGGAUAUUAGUGGAAAUAGUACAAUGAGAUCUUUCUAUCAUGAUGUUACCCAGCUUCAGGGUGUUGCAAAAAGUUUGCACAAAGAUUGCAUUGCUAAAAUGGAACCAUCUAAGGCAGCUUAUGAUUUCUGGCAGGAUCAGAUCCCCUUGGUCACUGGCAAAACUGCAGGCUGA